ACAAAGCGUUGUUUUUGCAUAUAAGAAUACAAAUAGCUUCUUUACACAGUUACGAACAUACGCUGCUGUUGCUUUUUAUUUUUAUUGCCAACCGGAAGGAGGGGAAGCAAAUCUUAUGACUUAUGAAAGAUUGAGUGAAACUCCAGCAAACACAACAGGACCCUGCAUUUCAAAAAAACGGAGUAAAAAGUUCCGGUGGUGCAUGAAUUCCAAAAGACGAUCAACAAGUCAUAGGGCUUCGAGUAACAGACAUCGGAAGUCACAGCCGUUCAGGUACACAUGAGCCCUGUUGCCUCUUCUAAAGGCUUCCAUUCGUAAAACAGUUCUCGGAAUAUAAAAACGAAAAUAUUUAAAUGUGUGUGCCGAAUAAGUUUAGCUGUACCACGUUUUGAGGCAAUAUUAUCUAUAUAAAGAACCAGUAAUUUUUUAAAAGUCCUAACUAUUCUGAAACGA